AUGGAAUCCAACCCAGACUCAGCAGCCUUGGCCCAGCAAGUCCAGGCCCUUGCAGCCACCAUUGAAGAACUCACCAAACAGAACCAGGAAAUGAAGCUACGGCUUCAGCAAGUCCAACAGGCUCAACAGGAAGAGAACCGGUCCAAAGAUAACUUGGAGGAAGAAGGGGAUAGUCAACGGAGAGGAACCCCUCAUAGACCAACUACUCCGGACGAGCAAAACUCGGACCUCUUUCGAGAAAUGAGGAAGGAAAUGGACGAGCUGAGGAGCGCCAUUAAAGAAAAGACGGACCGAAGCGUGGACAAAAUGGUAAGAGCUACGGAUUCACCCUUCACCGCCGCGGUACUAGAAUGCCCUGUUCCUUCAAAAUUUCGCUUACCUCAGCUUGAGCCGUUCGACGGGCUAAAAGACCCCCAGGAUCACCUUAAUACCUUCAAGAAGACUUUGGGACUUCAACAACCACCUAACGAGAUACUGUGCCGUUCCUUCCCGACAACUCUCAAAGGAGCGGCAAAAGAAUGGUUUACAAAGUUGCCAAACUCGUCCAUAGACAACUUCGAUCAGCUGAGUAGUGCCUUCUUGCGCUACUUCAUAGGGGGACAACGCCCAAGGAGGCCAGUGGACUACUUACUCACCAUAAGACAGGGAGAGAAGGAGACUCUGAGGUCAUAUGUCAAGCGAUUCACCCGGGAAACUCUGGAAGUAGACGAAGCUGAUGACAAGGUACAACUGACGACCUUCAAAGCAGGGUUGAGAUCCAGAGACCUCGUGGGCUCUCUUGCAAAGAACCCCCCGAAGACGAUGGCGGAGAUGCUCCUAAAGGCACAAAAGUACAUGAACGCGGAAGAUGCCCUAGCUACCAUAAAAGAUACCGAGAGGCCAGGAGACAAGGCCAAGAAGGAAGACGACCGUAGAGGGCAAAAGAGAGACAGACCAGAUCGUCGGAACAAUGACGGAAAUAGGAGGAAGGAUGAUAAAAAUCCUCGGACGUUCCAUAGAGACCACGGCCACAACACAGAGGAUUGCAGAGACCUGAAGGAGCAAAUAGAGGAGUUAAUACGGAAAGGGAAGUUACAGAAGUAUGUAAAGAAAAGAGAAUAUAGCAAGUUCAGAGACGACAACAGGACCCAGCGUGAAUCCUUCACUCAGGAUGACGACCAUCCGUCCCAGCCUCCACGCAAGGUGAUCGGGGAGAUAAACAUGAUCACAGGAGGACCAUUCUCAAGAGGAUCAUUUAGAUCACUCAAAAAAGCAUUCCAUAGAUAG